GGCGCCGGAACUAGAACAGAAAGACAAACAUCUUCCUAUCAAAGGUUAAAAACGUUGAAAACUCUGAAUUAUAAUCAUAUUUUGCAAGGUUUGGAUCGUUCUGUAGCUAUUCUCCUUAUCUUAAACGCAGCUCAUAGUAGCUGUGAGUUUCUCASCUCCAAAUGAGCCUUCAAAAUGGCGACAGAGUUUCUUCGCUUGAUGAGGAUAAAACUAUGCCAGAUCAAAGUGUAAAGGCUAAAGCAAAUGAAGAAGCAGUAAAAUAUCUAUCAGCUAUUGAUGAUGGAACUUGGGAGUCAUUAUUAUUCUCUGACUCUCUCAUCACCACCUCGGAAACUGGCAAGGAAAUUGGAGAAAUGAAAAUAACAGUUGAACCAGCAACAUGGAAGGAUGAGCCAUGUUAUCUUGUCCAUGCAAACAGCCAUGGUGUGAUAGAUAGAUUACCAAUAGGGACAUCAGUAACYGCRUACGUUGAUAGAUCACUAAAAACCUUGGAGCAAACUCACUAUGAAUAUGUCAAGAUCCCAGACCAGCCAUUAGACAGAAGAACGUUUCUAGCACUAGAKGACAAUGUUUAUACAGUACGCAAGACAAUGUCACAAGGAGUGGAAGUUGAGAAAACAGAAUUCCAAUUGACAGCAGAUGAACUUGAUGGUUUUAUUUCCGAAGGAUCAAAUCUGUUAUUACAAAGAGUGAUGGUCAAGAAAGGUGUUCCACAGGGAAUUGUCUUUACUACCUUUGACACGGAUACUCAUCUAAGAACAUCAACUUAUCGCUCUCUUGGGGAAAAAACUGAAGCAAUUGCAUCUAAACAACAGACAUUAAUAGGAAUAGAAAGAACGAUUGAUUCAGUAGAUGACAGCCCUUCUACAUGGCAUGCCUACUUUCUUACCUCUGGUCACUUAGCGUUAAGAACACAACUUGGAUCACAGGUCAAAAUGAGUUUGCUGAACCUGCCCGGACCAGGACCAGGACCAGUUCCAGAGGAUGAGUUACCAAAAUCAACCACUGAAGAAAAGAAACCAAAACCUCUUAAAUGGGACGAAGACAUGCAACUAUACUCACGUUUUUUAGACAGAAAGGCGGAGCUUUCAGAUGACCACGCAACUUACAUGAGACGUCAUCCCGAACUCCGCGCACUGUUGGCAGACUUCUUACAGUUUUUGCUGCUCAGAAAACCCGAUGAUGUCUGUGAAUUCGCCUCAGAUUUCUUCUCUGCGUUCUCUUCUGGAUCCCCAUCAGGCCCUUCAUUUGCCCGAUCUGAACCAUCACAACCAUCACAACCAUCACAACCAUCGCCCGCCGUACCAUCGCCCGUACCAUCGCAACCAUCGCCUGUACCUUAACGCCAUGAUCCUCUCGUUUCUUAUACAGUUUGUUAGCCAGAUGUGUUUAUUUAGUAUCGYUUUUCAAGCCAAUAGAUAAAUAUUAUAGAGAGUCAAAGUCUAUUCCUUUUGUUUGAAAGGAAACAUAAUAGGUAGAGGUUUUGAGUUGUAUUGACAGUAUGUUUGUUUAAAGUACCAUAUUUCCUGUAUUAAGCUCCUAGCCUAUAAGAAGCUUUCCUUCCCCUUCCUUUUAAUACACCACUGGUCUGAGGCGCCAAAAAUUAAAUAAGCCCACAGCCUUUACCACUCUUUUCACUGCUUCGCRCUGAUCAAUACAAUAGUCGCAACAGGGAAAUAGGGCAAUACACUGCCGCCAAUCAGAGAAUAUAAAKGUACCGACCAAUUURUUUGAUUGACGGAAGUGUGUUGCCCAAUUUCCCUGUCUCGACUGUUGUCUCGAUCAGCGCGUAGCAGUGAAAAGAGUGGUAUAUAAUGAACGUUGAAACCGCCACUUCUAAGGAACSUUGUGGUCCUUUUCCUUUGGCAGGUAUUUGAAAGUCGUUUUACCUGUCGAGAUUCUGGAUUAAAGUAAUUCUGAAUUUCCAAAGAUCAAGAAAAUUUAUUAAUUUCUAGCUCCCGGUCCAAAAGCACUGAAAAAGAAUAAGCUCCCACGGAGCUUAAUAGACAAAACACGGUAUGUUCGAGAGAUGUGGACAGUAUAUGAACAGUACGUUUGUUUCUUUAAAUUUCGGAAUGCUGUGGAAAUCUUUCUAUUUAUUAAUGGAUGACAGAAAUGCAGUGUGAAUACUGGUUUCCCAUUUAAUCCACUUAUAUCCACUAUUAUGAUAUUACGAUCACCAUUUUAUGUAUACAACUCUCAAACUACAUGUUGACCUUUACCAGGGGGAGGAAACCUGGAAUUCUUACUAGAGUAAUUGCCAUCAUAAAAUACAGGACACAUGGUAUCAUGGUAUCCAAAUAGCUUCUGUAUUCAAGCAUAUUACGAAUUAGUAGUGACAGAUUUUUCGUGAUGUGGUUUGUGCUCCUUAACAUAUUACCACCAUUCCAUACUCAAGAGUCAAAUGAUUCUAGAUUCUAGAGAAAUGCCUUUGCCCCUUCCUAUUUAUAAUAAAUCUUCCUUGAAACAUCU